UAGACAACGCCGAAAAACAUUUGCUUGCCGUACUGCUGUCUGACACAGAAUUCAAAGAAGUCAAGUACAUUUAAUUAUUAGAAUAAAAUAAUUGAUGAUAGCAGAUUAUGAAGCACUUUUUAAAAUGCAAUAUCGACGUUGUAUUGCACAUGUAGUGGCAUUCUAAAUCGAAUACAAGAGCAACUAUGGCCAAACAAGUUGUAUGAAUAUAAAUACAGUAUAACAUACAUUUUGUGUACAGUAAGUGUAAACUGUAUAAAGAGAAAAUAGACAUCGUUUAACAGGCGUAACACAAUGUCAUCGUCAUUUCUAUCUUCAAUUCGUCGUGCUUGCAAUCAGAGUGUCGGAAAGAUUGUACUCAACUCUGACCGCUGUUACUGGAAUCUGAAAUGCUUGGGCAGGUACAGAGCUGCUUGUACUAGUCAAACUGCGCUGCAACCCAGAAUUGUUUUAGGAAUUGAAACGAGUUGUGAUGACACUGGAGCCGCCGUGAUAGAUGAAGCAGGAAGAAUCCUCGGGGAAUCUCUGCAUUCCCAAAAAGAAGUGCACUUGAAAACGGGUGGGAUCAUUCCCCCAGUGGCCCAAAGACUACACAAAGAGAAUAUCCACAGAGUGGUACAAGAAGCUCUUGACAUGAGUAGAAUUUCUCCCAGUGAACUAUCAGCCAUAGCAACUACCAUAAAGCCUGGUCUUGCACUGAGCCUAGGUGUGGGACUAGAGUACACCCUAAAACUCCUAAAGCAAUAUAACAAGCCAUUCAUCCCUAUCCAUCACAUGGAGGCCCAUGCAUUGACAGUCAGAAUGAUCCACCCUGUCCAGUUCCCCUUCUUAGUUCUCUUGGUUUCUGGUGGUCAUUGUUUAAUAGCAGUGGCAAAUGGAAUCUCAGACUUCCUCCUUCUAGGACAGUCCUUGGAUGAAGCGCCAGGUGAUAUUUUAGAUAAGGUAGCACGAAGACUGUCCCUCAUUGAACACCCAGAGUGUACUACAAUGAGUGGUGGGCAGGCUAUUGAGCAUUUGGCAAAACAAGGUGACAGAAAGAAAUUUUAUUUAAAAUCACCAAUGGCACAACACUUUGAUUGCAAUUUUUCCUUUGCUGGCCUCCGAAAUCAAGUUACUCAGAUAAUUACAAAAAAAGAAAAGGAAGAAGAUAUACAAAAAUGUCAGAUUCUAUCUUGUGUCAAUGACAUUGCUGCAGCUGUACAGCACACUGUUGCAUCCCACAUUGCAAAGCGUACCCAUCGUGCCAUUCUCUUCUGUAAAAUGAAGGGGUUAUUGCCUCAAAGUAAUGCAGCUCUGGUGGUAUCCGGAGGAGUUGCUAGCAAUCGGUAUAUUAGAAGAACUGUCCAAAUUGUGACUGAUGCAACUGGCAUGGCCUUGCUCUGCCCUCCACCAAAGUUAUGUACAGAUAAUGGUGUUAUGAUUGCAUGGAAUGGAAUUGAAAAACUUAAAGAAGGAAUCGGAAUCCUGCAUAAUCCUGAAGGCAUUUGCUAUGAGCCAAAAGCUGCUUUUGGAGCUGAUAUUUCAGGACAAGUGAAGGAGGCCGCUAUCAAGUUGCCGUAUCUUAAAAUGAAGAUUAGAGAAUAAUAUUUU